AAUCAAUACAAGGACUUCUGAGUUAAGAUGGUGAGAGUGAAAGAACCCUGGUUUGGGGGAAAAGCUAAUGUCUGUAUGAAGAAACUUGGGAAGUGGGCAAUGUGAGCUUGUCUUCUAGUGUUACUUCGGAAUGUUAUAACUUAACACCACCUCCUCACCCCUCAAGUACUGCACUUUUUCAAGACAAAAUGGGAAAUCUGUGCCAGUUAUUCAAAUACGAGUUUGGAAGUGAGAAACUUUAUAUUUGUCAUACAAAGCUGGCAGAUAGAUGCCUUCAGAGCUGCCAAAUGCUGUUAAAUCAACUGAGAGAAAUCACAGGCAUUCAGGACCCUUCCUUUCUCCAUGAAGCUCUGAAGGCCAGUAAUGGUGACAUUACUCAGGCAGUCAGCCUUCUCACUGAUGAGAGAGUUAAGGAGCCCAGUCAAGACACUGUUGCUACAGAACCAUCUGAAGUAGAAGGGAGUGCUGCCAACAAGGAAGUAUUAGCAAAAGUGAUAGACCUUACUCACGAUAACAAAGAUGAUCUUCAGGCUGCCAUUGCUUUGAGUCUAUUGGAGUCUCCCAAAAUUCAAGCUGAUGGAAGAGAUCUUAACAGGAUGCAUGAAGCAACCUCUGCAGAAACUAAACGCUCAAAGAGAAAGCGCUGUGAAGUCUGGGGAGAAAACCCCAAUCCCAAUGACUGGAGGAGAGUUGAUGGUUGGCCAGUUGGGCUGAAAAAUGUUGGCAAUACAUGUUGGUUUAGUGCUGUUAUUCAGUCUCUCUUUCAAUUGCCUGAAUUUCGAAGACUUGUUCUCAGUUAUAGUCUGCCACAAAAUGUACUUGAAAAUUGUCGAAGUCACACAGAAAAGAGAAAUAUCAUGUUUAUGCAAGAGCUUCAGUAUUUGUUUGCUCUAAUGAUGGGAUCAAAUAGAAAAUUUGUAGACCCAUCUGCAGCCCUGGAUCUAUUAAAAGGAGCAUUCCGAUCAUCUGAGGAACAGCAGCAAGAUGUGAGUGAAUUCACACACAAGCUCCUGGAUUGGCUAGAGGACGCAUUCCAGCUAGCUGUUAAUGUUAACAGUCCCAGGAACAAAUCUGAAAAUCCAAUGGUGCAGCUGUUCUAUGGUACUUUCCUGACUGAAGGGGUUCGUGAAGGAAAACCCUUUUGUAACAAUGAGACCUUUGGCCAGUAUCCUCUUCAGGUAAACGGUUAUCGCAACUUAGACGAGUGUUUGGAAGGGGCCAUGGUGGAGGGUGAUGUUGAGCUUCUUCCCUCUGAUCACUCGGUGAAGUAUGGACAAGAGCGUUGGUUUACAAAGCUACCUCCAGUGUUGACCUUUGAACUCUCAAGAUUUGAGUUUAAUCAGUCCCUUGGGCAGCCAGAGAAAAUUCACAAUAAGCUGGAAUUUCCUCAGGUUAUUUAUAUGGACAGGUACAUGUACAGGAGCAAGGAGCUUAUUCGAAAUAAGAGAGAGUGUAUUCGAAAGUUGAAGGAGGAAAUAAAAAUUCUGCAGCAAAAAUUGGAAAGGUAUGUGAAAUAUGGCUCAGGCCCAACUCGGUUCCCGCUCCCGGACAUGCUGAAAUAUGUUAUUGAAUUUGCUAGUACAAAACCUGCCUCAGAAAGCUGUCCACCUGAAAGUGACACACACAUGACAUUACCACUUUCUUCAGUGCACUGCCCGGUUUCUGACCAGACAUCCAAGGAAAGUACAAGUACAGAAAACUCUUCUCUGGAUGUUGAAAGUACCUUUUCCGCUCCUGAAGAUUCUCUACACAAGUCUAAACCACUGACAUCUUCUCGGUCUUCCAUGGAAAUGCCUGCACAGCCAGCUCCACGAACAGUCACAGAUGAGGAGAUAAACUUUGUUAAGACCUGUCUUCAGAGGUGGAGGAGUGAGAUUGAACAAGAUAUACAAGAUUUAAAGAAUUGUAUUGCAAGUACUACUCAGACUAUUGAACAGAUGUACUGCGAUCCUCUCCUUCGUCAGGUGCCUUAUCGCUUGCAUGCAGUUCUUGUUCAUGAAGGACAAGCAAAUGCUGGACACUAUUGGGCCUAUAUCUAUAAUCAACCCCGACAGAGCUGGCUCAAGUACAAUGACAUCUCUGUUACUGAAUCUUCCUGGGAAGAAGUUGAAAGAGAUUCCUAUGGGGGCCUGAGAAAUGUUAGUGCUUACUGUCUGAUGUACAUUAAUGACAAACUACCCUACUUCAAUGCAGAGGCAGCCCCUAAUGAAUCAGAUCAAAUGUCAGAAGUAGAAGCCCUAUCUGUAGAACUCAAGCAUUACAUUCAGGAGGAUAACUGGCGGUUUGAGCAGGAAGUAGAGGAGUGGGAAGAAGAGCAGUCUUGCAAAAUCCCUCAAAUGGAGUCCUCCACCAACUCCUCAUCACAGGACUUCUCUACAUCGCAAGAGCCUUCAGUAGCCUCUUCUCAUGGUGUUCGCUGCUUGUCAUCUGAGCAUGCUGUGAUUGUAAAGGAGCAAACUGCCCAGGCUAUUGCAAACACAGCCCGUGCCUAUGAGAAGAGCGGUGUAGAAGCGGCACUGAGUGAGCUUAAAGAAACUGAACCCAAGAAGCCCAUGCCCCAGGAAACAAACCUUGCAGAGCAGUCAGAACAGCCCCCAAAGGCUAAUGAUGCAGAGUCUACUGCCCAGCCUAAUUCUGAGGUCUCUGAAGUCGAGAUUCCCAGUGUGGGAAGGAUUCUGGUUAGAUCUGAUGCAGAUGGAUAUGAUGAGGAGGUGAUGCUGAGCCCUGCCAUGCAAGGGGUCAUCCUGGCCAUAGCUAAAGCCCGUCAGACCUUUGACCGAGAUGGGUCUGAAGCAGGGCUGAUUAAGGCAUUCCACGAAGAAUACUCCAGGCUUUAUCAGCUUGCCAAAGAGACCCCCACCUCUCACAGUGAUCCUCGACUUCAACAUGUCCUUGUCUACUUUUUCCAAAAUGAAGCACCCAAAAGGGUAGUAGAACGAACCCUACUGGAACAGUUUGCAGAUAAAAAUCUUAGCUAUGAUGAAAGAUCAAUCAGCAUUAUGAAGGUGGCUCAAGCGAAACUGAAGGAAAUUGGUCCAGAUGACAUGAAUAUGGAAGAGUACAAGAAGUGGCAUGAAGAUUAUAGUUUGUUCCGAAAAGUGUCUGUGUAUCUACUAACAGGCCUAGAACUCUAUCAAAAAGGAAAGUACCAAGAGGCACUUUCCUACCUGGUGUAUGCCUACCAGAGCAAUGCCGCCCUGCUGAUGAAGGGGCCCCGCCGGGGGGUCAAGGAAUCCGUGAUUGCUCUAUACCGAAGAAAAUGCCUUCUGGAGCUGAAUGCCAAAGCAGCUUCUCUCUUUGAAACAAAUGAUGAUCACUCUGUAACUGAGGGCAUUAAUGUGAUGAAUGAACUGAUCAUCCCCUGCAUUCACCUUAUCAUUAAUAAUGACAUUUCCAAGGAUGACCUGGAUGCCAUUGAGGUCAUGAGAAACCAUUGGUGCUCUUACCUUGGGCAAGAUAUUGCAGAAAAUCUGCAGCUGUGCCUAGGGGAGUUUCUACCCAGACUUUUAGAUCCUUCUGCAGAAAUCAUCGUCUUGAAGGAGCCUCCAACUAUUCGACCCAAUUCUCCCUAUGACCUAUGUAGCCGAUUUGCAGCUGUCAUGGAGUCAAUUCAAGGAGUUUCAACUGUGACAGUGAAAUAAGCUCCCACAUGUUCAAGGCCAUUUUGGUUUCUGGCUGCCUGCCUCUUGCACAGAAGUUCGUUGUCACAGUGCUCACCUUGGGAAGAGCAUUAGGUGGGCACAUAAGAUUCCGAUUCAGACCCCAACCAUGCUGCAUGUGUAAAGAAGGAUUGAAAAUAAAAUUGCACUUUUUAGGUACAAAAUUAUAAAAGCUAUUUCACUAGAAAAGGCAGAAAGCAGUGUAUUAAGGUGUUGAAUUACGCCAGAAGACCUGAAAUGCCUUGUACCUACAACAAUGGUUAGGCUUUUCUAAGCCUCUUGCCACCUUUAAAAUUGUCCUUCAGGCAUAAAUAUUUUGGACAGCAGAAUAGAAGAAUGAUUCAUGAGAACCUGAACCAGAUGAACAUCUACUAGUUAUUUUAUCAAAUACAGAUGACAUUUAAAAAUUCUUAACUGUAAGAGAUUAGAAAUACAAACCUUGCCUGGCUCUUGACAGGAGAUGACAAAAUGGGUUGCUGAUGAACUGCGCCCUUUUAUAUGUGGGUAGAAUAUAAGAUCACAUGGCAGUAAGAUGUUGAAAAGUCAAAAGAGACCUGUCUCUCUCCUUUCUUUUCUGUCUUUUAAAUAAACCAGAAAACCUCAUACUCAGUCCUCAGUGAAAGAAAGGAAAGCAUUAAGGACUUUAGACAGAACAGCAUUGUGUAAUUUGACUGAAGAUCAUGCAUUAAUAGUUGUUAGGCAUUUAGGUAAAAUUUUCCAAUACCUAAAAAUUGUCAGAAACAGUUGAUAAGGCUUCUGCUGGCCCAAAGACUGUUUUGGAUCACCUCCUCUUUUUUGCUUUUUUUUUUUUUUUUUCUGAGACAGUCUCACUGUGUCGCCCAGGCUGGCGUUCAGUGGCGCAAUCUCAGCUCACUGCAAACUCCCAUCUCCUGGGCUCAAGUGAUUCUCGUGCCUCAGUCUCUCCCGAAUAGCUGGAAUUACAGGUGUGCACCACCACACCUGGCUAAUUUUUGUAUUUUUAGUAGAGAUGGGGUUUCACCAUAUUGGCCAGGCUGAUCUCUAACUCCUGGCCUCAAGUGAUCUGCCUGCCUCAGCCUCCCAAAGUCUGGGAUUGCGGAUGAGCCACCAUACCCGGCCUUCUUUUUUGCCCUUAAAAGUAAGGGAUAUUGGUUUGUUUAAAAAAAAAAAAAAAAAAAAAAAAAACGAAAGAAAGAAAAAAGCAGCAUACAUAUGCAAAACUAUAUAUAUGUAUAUGUAGAGAAAAAUACUUCCCACUGAUCAUUUUUAAAAGGCUUCUGAUUGGAUAUUGUGUUUUAACCAAAUUUUAAAGAUUAAUGGAAUCAUGAAAGGGAAGAACUCUUGAUACAACUAUGCAGAUUUUAUAAAUGUGCAAUAAAAGUAUUUGUUUUA